AAAAUAAGCGCUAUUAUCCGAUAAUGCGCUUCCUAAAUCUCGGCAUGAUUUUAAACGCAUAGGGAUUCUGGCAAGAAAUGCUGACUAGAAGUUGCAAUAAUAUCGGUCCCUUGGUUCUUCAGAAAAGAAAUAUAGCUGGGCAAAUAGGAAAGCUGGCAUCAAGACUUUUAAAGUUACGCUACCUUGUUGUGGGUGCAGGUGUUGGUGGCUCGUACACGAUAUCUAAGAAAUAUGACGAAUUUAAAGAUUCUCUGUCGAAAAUAACGCUGAAUGAUUACGUACCAAUAGAUAGGAUCAACGAAACAAUUCAGCAUUUCAAAGAAUAUGCUGCAUCUAUCGGUGAAUCUAGAACAUCUGGUUCUGGUUUUUUUUCGAAUUUUGAAAAGAAGCUACACGUACCAAAUGAACAUGAAGAAGCCGCCUCUUCAUUGCUCGUUUCUGGUACGAAUGAUGAUCUAAAUAAGCCUGUCAAACAGAAGCUCAAGCAAAUCAGUAUUGAGGAGCUGCAAGAAGCUCUUCUCAAAAACGAGUUAGCGUUCCAUAAACGGAUUGAAGCACUGCUUCAGGAGAAUAGGGAGUUGCGCAGUGAACUUCUUCUUAAGUCUCAUAAAUCUUCACAAAAAGGUCGUAUCAAAAAAUCUUUGAUUGAUAUGUAUUCAGAAGUUUUGGAUGAAUUAUCAGAUCUGGAUUCAGCAUACAACGCUCAGGACCAAUUACCACGAGUGGUUGUUGUUGGUGAUCAAAGCUCCGGGAAAACAUCUGUUUUAGAAAUGAUAGCGCAGGCUCGAAUAUUUCCAAGAGGCGGUGGAGAGAUGAUGACCCGAUCUCCGGUCAAAGUAACUCUUUCUGAGGGCCCAUACCAUGUUGCUUCAUUCAAAGAUGGUUCACGUGAAUACGAUCUCACAAAAGAGUCCGAACUUGCAUCGUUGAGGAAAGAGAUAGAGAUGCGUAUGAAGGCACUUGUUAGUGGUGGUAAAACAGUCAGCGCUGAGGUCAUUUCUCUAAAUGUGAAAGGGCCUGGGCUUCAGAGGAUGGUUCUUGUUGAUCUACCUGGCAUCAUUUCUACUGUAACAACGGGUAUGCAGUCUGGUACACGUGAAACUAUACAAGAUGUUGCUCGACAAUAUAUGAACAAUCCGAAUGCGAUUAUUUUAUGUGUUCAAGAUGGGAGUAUCGAUGCUGAGCGUAGCAAUGUAACAGAUCUAGUAUCUUCUGUAGAUCCUUCAGGUAAACGAACUAUCUUUGUUUUGACCAAAGUGGAUUUGGCUGAAACAAAUCUGCACAGCCCAGACCGUAUCAGACAAAUUCUCGAGGGUAAAUUAUUUCCUAUGAAAGCACUUGGUUAUUUUGCUGUGGUCACAGGAAAAGGUACGAAAGAUGAAAGUAUAGAUAGCAUUAAAGAAUAUGAAGAGAAUUUCUUCCGUCAUUCUCGUCUAUUUAAAGAAGGUACACUUCGUAUGUCUCAGAUGACCACAGCUAAUCUUAGCAAGGCUGUAUCAGAGAGAUUCUGGAAAAUGGUCAAAGAUUCAGUUGAACAACAAGCUGAUACAUAUAGAGCUAUCCGUUAUAAUCUUGAAACAGAAUGGAAAAAUUCGUUUCCUCAUUUACGUGAAAUGGAUCGUGAAGAAUUAUUUGAAAAAGCUCGUAACAAUAUCUUAGAUGAUCUAAUAUCACUAAAUGGUAUCAGCUCCACUGUAUGGGAGAAAAAUAUUCAUUAUGAAUUAUGGAACAAACUAAAAGAUUAUAUAUUCACUAAAAUAAUUGAACCCUCACAGCACAUUGACGAUAUAGGAACCUUUCAGACAAACGUUGAUAUUUGGCUUCGUGAUUGGGUUGAAAAUAAUUUACCGAAAGCUUCAAUUGAAACUGGUUUGCAAACAUUAUACAAUCAACUGGAUAGUAAAUUAAAAACAAUGCAAGAUGUACCUGGUUAUGAUCCAGUAUUUGAUCCAUUAAAAGUGACUGUACAUCAAGAAAUUCGUAAGCGUCAUCACUGGGAUCCUAAAGCUGAAUCUAGAUUGCGUGUCAUACAGUCGAAUGCUUUAGACGAUCAUACUGUACAUACAAAAUCUCAGUGGACCGCUGCUGUAGAUCUAUUAGAACAAGCAGUUAAAGCUCGAUUAAAAGAUGUGAAUCAGUCGAUUACUUCAAGUUUUGGUCCUGGAUGGGUUGAGCAAUGGACCCGUUGGAAAAAACGCACAGCAGAAGAAGAUGCUCGUUUACAAACCGCUCAAGAGAUUGAAAAUUUAUUAAUAUCACUUCCAAAACCAUCUGCUCAUAUUAAUCAAGAUGAUUUAACUACUAUUAGACGUAAUCUUCAAGCUCGUGGUGUUCCUGUGACUGAUAAAAUUAUUUAUGAAACUUGGGAACCUUUAGUUCGACGUUUUUAUCUUGAACGAUCUUUGUUUGUUUGUCAAGAGUGUCGAAAAGGCUUUUACUAUUAUCAGCAUGGUUUUCUGAAUACAUCUUCAUUUAAUAAAUCCUCUAAUAGCAAUGAACAUGCAUCUAAUGCAGCUGAAAAUUCUCGUUUACGUAAAGAUUCAUUGUCAUCUGAUUUCCCUGAUUGUCGUGAAGUGAUCUUUUUCUCUCGCCUGAAUCGUAUGAUGAAUGCAACUAGUAAUGCGCUUAGGCAACAAAUUAUGAAUGAUGAAGCACGUCGUUUGGAACAUUAUGUAAAGCAAGUUUUAAACGAAUUAUCUAAUGAUCCUAUUCGUGUAAAGAAGCUUAUCACUGGCAGACGUGUACAAUUAGCUGAAGAUUUAAGUCGAACAAGACAUAUUCAAGAGAAAUUAGAAGAGUUCAUUGCAGCUUUAAAAGCAAGCGAAUAACUGUGAUAACGAUCUCUGUUUCUCAAAAAUUACCUAGUGUGAUGGUAAAAACAUUAUGCACACAUGCAUAUACAUUUCGUUUCAUCAUGUAAUUACUUUUAUGUUUCUCUCUAUGUACACUUUUUCCGUUAUAAAAGAUACUUUUCAUGAUUAUUUUAUGUUUAAUGUCCAUUUCAAAAUGUAUGAGUGUUUAUUUAUUGUUCAUAUUGGUCAAGCUGCUAUUUUAAACAAGUUUCAUUAAUCAAUUGAAUGAUGAAUUUUUAUGUAAUGUAAAAUCAAAAAGAACAAUUACCCAUAUUUAAAUGCUAUCUUAUAUGCGUACCUGUUUUAAAUGUAUUUAUUCUUCCAUACUAUAUGCGCACGUGUUUUCUCACCUGUUUGUUGUUCAAUUAAUUCUUGUUUCAAUGCAAUGAUGUUAGUAUCUUCUCGUUUCAAUGUAAGUUAUUGUUCAUGGAAACCUUACCAGUUAUAAAAUUCAUUACAAAUUUGAAUAAAAACAUUUUGUUUUGCCUUAUAUAUG